GGGGGAGAACAAUUACAACGCGCGAGAGCCAGGCGCGCGCGUGAGGUUGGACGGUUACUGACGGUACGUGGUGGAUGGAGUCCGCCUCAACUUCACACUUCACUUCUCUGUGCUGGCGAGCGCGCUUCUCUGUGCGCGACCGUUUCUGCCAUGCAUCGUAGCUUUAGUUCGCCCCCGCUUAUACAGAUGAAAUGAGGCAUUGCGUACAUCGCGUGACGUACGUUCGCCUAUGCAUGCGAAGGUGUGCGCGGCGAGAGGAUGUCGCCGUGCUUCCCUUGCGCCCCCCAUCAGACCCGACGGUGCGCGCGGGCUUCACUCAAGCUGACUGCCGGCGCCGUCUGCUGGUUCGGGGGCGCUUGAUUCGGGCAAGGCGCAAGUACACAGAACCAUGAGCCACGCGGCCAUGUGGAACCAUUGAGCUGUGAGUGGCGGAGAUGCGCCCAGGCUUUUCCGCGCUUCUCUCACGUUGAGAAUGCGGCACUUCAAAACUUGCUAUCGUGUCAUCGACGUGAUGCGACAGGCCGAAUGAUUGGCCUCGUCCCAGCACCCUCCCGUGCACUGCGGCACAUUUUUUCGCAGACCAGAAUGACAGGGGACACGGCGUUCGCGCUGAUAUUGGCAAGUUUUUCUCUCCUCCUCCUUCCCCUCCUCCUCCUCCUCCUCGUCCUCCUCCUUUUCCUCCUCGUUAUCUUCCACCUGCCCCUCCCGACUUCGCCCCCCUCCUUGGCUUCUCCGUCGCCCUUGGGCUUGCGACGCGCUCGCAUUCACAGGAACAGAUUGUGAGGAUGUCUGAGCCGAUGUGCUCGCUUCAGCACCCCAAUGGGAGAGCCGCCAGGAGUGGUUUCAACGGCCCGAGAGGAGACGUGGCUUAUCGCUGAUGCGCGCAGCUACUAAAGAUGGGGCCGAACGAGCUGUGGGAGGGAUUGGUGGUGUGAGGGGGAGGAGCCGAGCUGAAGCAUCUGCCGCGUGGCAUGCUUGCUGCUAGAGUCAGGUGCGCGACGCACUGCUGGAUUCAGUUCUGACCAUGGUGAUCUACGCAAUGUGUUUGGCCCCCCGACGAGUGUGUGCUUGUACGCCAGCGACGUGGGUGGUCGUAACACGCUAUGUUGCGUUUCAUAUGUCCCACGCUCAUGGUCAGCUCCUCCCCGUCCUGCCGAAGCUUCCCCCCGCGGUCGCCCGUAAGACUGUGCAGCAUAAGCUUCAUGACCACCCUUGGCGUUCGUGCUCGAGGCUUGGGACAUGCCUCCGGUGACGGAGUAUUUUUGCGGAUGCGCCGGUGCGACGGACACCAGCAAUCUCAGACAUUUGCUUUCGGUCCGAGGACGAGGUAAGUGAUCGAACCUAGGAUACGCCUGGGUAUCCCAAGUCAUGGACAUGAUUGGGUUUCUAACCUUGUCAUCAUCAUCCUCCUCACGCCAAGCCGCAGUGCAGAGUUCGACCUCAGUUUAGGUGACGUCUGCUGUUCUUCGCACAGCGCUAUGAUCUUAGGGGUGCGACUCUCGGCACGGACAAGACCUUUGAAAGGGCGCAUCGUUGUGCGUUGUCACCGUCAGUUAGUUGCCCAGGCUGCGUUUAACAAUGUUGUUUGAAGCCAUGGUGAUGCACCGUACUGAAGUCCCAGCGCCGUCUUAGCCCCGUCUGGGCGUGGGGAAGUGCGGGAGGCGCCACUGCAAACUGAAAUUGUGUGCGGCGUUGGGCGAGAUUUACAUGUUGCCGGUUCGCGCGGCCCCGCGGCUGAAGAAUGGGCGAGCGAGAGUUGUGCGCCGCGCCCAUCGGCUGGAUUAGAUUGGCAUCGGCCAGCUAGGUGGCAUAGUGGAGCGUUGCUUGUAUAUAAAGACGAGAGGGGGA